CAUUUCAGACGUUGAAACGACGAUUCGUCCGACCUGCAAUCCUGUUCCCACACUGUUUUGUCUCCACCGCGGGGAGCUUUAAGCAGUGGCUGCAAGCACCAUCAGACGACAAAGGACAAGACGGUGAAUACAAAGGAUUGGAGGACAUGGAAUUGACUUGGGAACCGGAAUUACCGGCAGUAGCGGUGGCCAUCCGACUGCUCGCUUUCAUGCUGCAAUUGAAGACCGGCAAUUGCAAGUUGGUGCUCAAUUUGUCAAUAAUCAACAGCACACUCCCAUCCAAAGCCCAGAGACUUCUGAAGACGACGAUGAGAAUCCACCAAAGGCUCAACGCCAUUUGUUCACUGGCGCAGUGCCUUGUCGCUUGAACUUUGAUAGCGAACAAGAUGACGAUGAGGAGCAGGCGACCCACUCAUCAUCCAACGGCCUUCAUUCCGAGAUGACAAACUUUUAGGGUGGCAAAGCUAUUGAGCCCCAAAUGAACCGGAGAGCCCGCCGAGAAUGAACGAUGUCAUUGAUAAACUUGGAAAACGAGAAACUUCAAGAUCGGCGUAAUCUAACUUCGUCAUCGUCAAGUAGCCGCAUCAUUUGAACCGAAAUCGUCUCUGAAUCGUUAAAAUCAUCACACUGGAUCUGGAGAUGGAUUCAGUAAUAAUUCUCUGAUUCCAAUUUGAGAUCAAGAACACACGGAAAAAUAUCUCUGCGACUCACCGAGCAACAGUUAGAUGGGACAAAUCAGAAUGAUGUGAUCGACGAGACUCCACCACCAACACGCUCAUGUGUACUGUGACAUUUCAACUGGACGAUUAUUCAUCACCGACUUCAACAGUCACCGGCUCCUGUCACCUUGUCGCUUCGGAAGUCCUGACGCCUCGGAACGUGCCACCUACAUCGAUCAACCCGUCCCCAUCCGAAUAAUUUUCUUUUUUUUUUCUUUUUUUUAAAUUUUAUUUUUUCAUAAAAUAAAAAUUUGUAUGAAC